AAAUAUCCCCUCAUAUACAAAAUGGAAGAAGGGGAAGAAGCUCUAUUUUUUCGUAAUGACAGAGGCCCUUCAUCUCCAAUACGUUCACCUCCCAUCGGCCCCAGUGGAAGAAAUGCUAUUUCCUUUGGUUCCCAAAUGUUGGCUGUAGGCGCUGGUUUCUGUGUUUUCAUUGUCCUUUUGGCAUUUUUUGCUGCUAUUCAGCACCGAAAACGUCGACGUGCAUCUUCUUCAGCUAGCACUUACCGUUCUCCAUUAAUUCACAAAUUUUCCUCAGCUUCUGCUUAUGGGCAGCGUCACCAUUCUGCAAGUCAAGCGAUACCUCCACCAUUACCUCCACCACAAUAUUUGAGAUGUUCUAACCAGGCAUGUUUUAAUUUACGUAAAUGUUCUAGCCCAGGCGGUUCAGACUACUCUUUGUCCUCUUCAUCAUCUACCUAUUCAUCCGCACAUUCCCUUUCUCCAAUGUCCCCAUACGGACACAAUCAUCCUCAUCAACAACAUCAACAACAAUAUUUAUUGGGUGGAACAAAUACACAAGGCAGUCCAUUUACCGGCAUCAAUUUUAUCCCUUAUGGAAAUAAUGGCGGGCGUGUUUCAGCACCCCCACCCCCAACAACAACAAUUUCGUUUAACGGAACAGAAAAACGUCGAAGCUUCCCCACCGGGCAGCAACACCUUGGAUUUGGUUCUGCCAAUAAUGGGGGGAAUUUCCCUCCAGAGUUGGUUGUUGACAAGGAAAGAGGAAGGGGCUCUGUAUCUUUACAGUUGGCUUAUGAUGCUAAUAAUUUGGCUUUACAAAUCACAGUUCUCGCCUGUAACGGCCUUCCCAAAUUUUCUGAUUCAACUCCACUAAAUCCAUAUAUCAAACUUCGUCUUCUCCCAGACGGCCAACACCGAGUAAAGACCAGAAUUCUUCGAGACACAACAGAACCUAUUUUUGACGAGGCUUUUACAAUGUAUGGAUUGGGGGCAGAAACUUUAAAUAAUUGUCAAUUACAUUUGGCUGCUUUGGCUUUUGAUAGAUAUAAUGGAGAUACUGUUUUGGGGGAGGCUCUUUAUCCUCUCUCUUCUGCUGAUUUAUCAUUAGGAGGAGAACCUUGUAAUGUUUCUCUCAAAUGGGAGGCACGGCAACAAUUUAAAGAAGAAAAUGAAGAAGAAAAUAAUUUUAAUAAUAAUAAUAGAGGUAAAGCACUUGUUUCUUUGGAUUUUGAACCAAAAACACGUCAAGUACAGUUUGCAUUGAAGGAAAUGGCUGAUUUACCUAAAGAUGCGACUUUGGGACUUCCUGAUCCAUAUGCAAAAAUUUAUGCAUUAAUUAAUGGAACUAAACGAAUAGCAAAACACAAAACUCGUGUUCAAAAAAGAACAUUAACACCUUUAUUUAAAGAAGAUGAUUGGUUAAAUUUUGUAUUGCCUGAAAGUGUUGGGAUUGGGAGUGAUGGAAUACCUAAAGGGUUGUCUUUCCAAGUUGUUUUGUUUAAUCAUGAUGGUGAGUUAAUAAUUGAGAAUAAAUUAAAAAUUUGUUGA